CUCAGGACAGCUCGAGCCCCUGUGGACGGCUGCCACUUCUUCUCAAUCACAAUGUGACACCAUGUUGUCCGCCCAAGGACCUCCGCUACACGCCCGAAAGGGCCAGUCGGGCAGAGGCAGCAAGAGGAAGCGACCAGUCGAGAUGCCUGAGGCGACUGACCCGUCGUUGAACCCGACUGCCGUGCCUGCUGAGCAGGAUAUUGCCGCACCACCUGCCACUCCCGUGGUGAAAGUCGAGGAUGAUGGAGAUGAGACUUCACUCUCGACUCCACCAAAACCCCGUCGGGCGCCAAAGGGAGGCAAGAAACCAAAACUACAGAAAUCAGCGUCCGCCGUUGAGCCAGUCAAGUGCGUCAUCGAAUGGCCGCCCUACUUCAAGUCCCUCGAGACCACCCACCGCGCCCUCAACCUUGUCUUCACAUUCUGCUGCACGCGCAAGCACCUGGUCACCACCUUUGACACGAUCCAAUCCGCGGUUGAGAGCCACACCAAGCGGACGCUGGAAAUCGCCGACGUCGCCGCCAUUGCCGCCCUGCGCCCGGACGGCAUCAACUUUGGCUAUGUGGACGAGGUGAUGCUGCAGAUCGACGUCAAGGGCUCCGAGAGGAAUGAUGCUUUCCUGACGGGCAGGGGCGGCCGGGGCUACAAGAACCAGGGCUUCGCCGCCGACGCCAGCGUGGGUGGCAUCACCGGCACGGAAGAAUUGGGCGCCAGGGGCCACCCCGACGAUGACCAGGGCCUGGUGGGAGGGAGAGAGGUGCUCUACUUCGAGUUCAUCGACGGGGACCUCAAGAGGCAGGUCCAGUGCCGCAAGACGGGCGAGCCGACCAAGCCGACCAGGAAGCUGCGCGAGGAGGAGCUCAAGAUCCCCGUGUACAGCCAGAAGCAGAUGACGGGCUUGAUCGAGAAGCGCAAUGCCAAGUUCACCGGUGCGGUGAACGAGUUCAUCAACAGGUGCGUCGAGCAGAGCCUGGACCCGGAGGUGGCGCUGAAGAGCGAGGCCGCCGUCUUCGUCCCCGUCCCGAGCGAGGCCACCCGGGAGAGCACGCCGCGGCCGGCCCUGAGCAGCACCCUGCCGGAGACGAUACCAAAGGAGAGGAAGAGCAUACCCGAGAUCGUGCAGGAACUCAAGGAUAGCCCCUGGUAUACCGGCCAGAUCGUGCCUGAUGGCCACAGAGUGUUUGAGGCCCAGGAGCCCGUGUACGGCGACCUCAACUUCCUGCUAAGCCAGGAUCUCGUGAACGCCCUUUACAACGCCAAAGGAAUAACGCAAUUCUUUGCGCACCAAGCCGAAGCCAUCAAUAACCUACACCACGGCCACCACGUCGUCAUUUCCACAUCGACGAGCUCUGGAAAGUCGCUCAUAUACCAGUUGCCCGUGUUGCACGCCUUGGAGCAGGACCCAAACACCAGAGCGAUGUACAUAUUCCCCACAAAAGCUCUGGCGCAGGACCAGAGGCGGAGCCUCAAAGACAUGCUCUCGUACUUGGCCGGCCUGGAAACAACGCUCGUGGACACCUUCGACGGGGAUACGCCUUGGAAGGAGCGCAACAGGAUCCGCGACGAGGCGCGCAUCAUCUUCACGAACCCAGACAUGCUCCACAUCUCCAUCCUGCCUCAAGAGGAGCGCUGGAGGACGUUCCUCAAGAACCUCAAGUAUGUCGUCGUCGACGAGUUGCACUAUUACAACGGCUUGAUGGGCAGCCACGUGGCCUUCAUCAUGCGGCGGCUGCGGCGGAUCUGCGCCGCCGUGGGCAAUCGGAGGGUCAGGUUUGUGAGCUGUUCCGCCACCGUGGCGAACCCGCGGGAGCACUUCGGCACCAUCUUCGGCAUCGACGACGUCCACCUCGUUGAUUUCGACGGGAGCCCCUCGGGCAGGAAGGAGUUCCUGUGCUGGAACACGCCGUACAAGGACCCCGGCGACCCGACGAGCGGCAGGGGUAACACAAAGUUUGAAUGUGCGAGGCUGUUCUGCCAGCUGAUCCUCCGGGGGGUGAGGGUCAUUGCCUUCACCAGGGUGCGGGAGCAGUGCGAGAAGCUCGUAGGCGCGGUCAAGCACGAGCUGGAGAGAUUGGGCCGAGGCGAUUGCGUCAACCGCGUCAUGGGGUACCGGGGCGGGUACACAGCCCAGGACCGCCGGCGGAUCGAGACGGAGAUGUUUGAGGGCAAGCUCAUCGGGAUCAUUGCCACCACGGCCCUCGAGCUAGGGGUGGACAUCGGCAGCCUGGAUGCUGUCAUGACUUGGGGGUUCCCGUACACCAUUUCGAACCUCCGCCAGCAGAGCGGCCGAGCCGGGAGGAGGAACAAGGACUCAUUGUCCAUCCUCGUCGGUGAUUGCUUCCCCACGGACCAACACUUCAUGCAGAACCCGGACGAACUGUUCACCAGGCCCAACGCCGAGCUGCAGGUGGACUUGGAGAACAUGAUGGUCCGGGAGGGACAUAUACAAUGUGCGGCUUUUGAGAUGCCCAUACGACCAGCAGACGAUGCGAAAUACUUUGGCGGGGACAUCGAAAAGCUCUGCCGGGAGCGCCUCGUCAAGGAUGAUUCAGGCUUCUACCACACACACGAGCGGUUCCGGCCGCAGCCCUCCAAGUUCGUGUCGAUCCGAGACACAGAGGAGGACCACUUCGCCAUCAUCGACAUCACGCACGGGCGAAACGUGGUGCUCGAGGAGCUCGAGGCGUCCCGGGCCACGUUCACAAUCUACGACGGCGCCAUCUUCCUGCACCAGGGCAUCACCUACCUGGUCCGCGAGGUCAACCCGGAGAGGCAGAUGGCCCGCGUCGAAAAGGUCAAGGUGGACUGGACCACGACGCAGCGCGACUACACCGACAUCGACCCGGUCGAGACCGAGGCCAUCCGCCGGAUCAGGGGGUCGCAGUCGCGCGCCUUCUUCGGCACCAUCAGGAUCAAGCAGGUCGUCUUCGGCUACUUCAAGGUGGACCGGCAGAACCGCGUGCUGGACGCCGUGCACGUCGACAACCCGCCCGUGGUGCGCUUCAGCAAGGGCAUGUGGAUCGACCUGCCCCGGCGGGCGCUCGAGAUCCUCGAGUCGCGCCGCCUGCACGUCGCGGGCGCCAUCCACGCCGCCGAGCACGCCACGAUGAGCCUCGUGCCCAACUUCGUCAUGAGCAUGCCCGGCGACGUGCGCACCGAGUGCAAGAACAGCCUCAAGGAGUUCGCCGCCUCCAGCUCGAGCCGCAAGCGGCCCGCCCGCCUCACCUUCUACGACGCAAAGGGCGGCGCCGGCGGCAGCGGCAUCAACACCAAGGCCUUUGAGUUUGUCGACGUCCUCCUGCGCCAGGCCCUCGACCGCGUCGAGGCCUGCUGCUGCCCGUCCGGCUGCCCCGAGUGCGUCGCCAGCGAGUUCUGCAAGCACGCCAACGAGGUCAUGAGCAAGGCCGGCGCCGGGGUCGUGCUGCGCUGUCUGCUUGACCUUGAGAUUGACGUUGACGCGCUGCCCAUGGGCCCUGAGGAGGGCUGGAAUGGCCCCGUUGAGCUGGUGGAGACCAUCGUGCUUGCUACGCCUGUGCGUCCACGGGAUCGCGGCGCCUUGAGGCUUGUUGACAUCAAGGAGGAGGAGGUCGAGGAGCCUGUUAUUUUGCCCGAGUGAUGAUCUGGUCUGGUCGCCCGUGAUUGAAAGGUAUAUGUUAAUAGCACAAGGCGAGUGUUACCUGGUAGGAGAGAGAGUGACGCAUUACAGUGUUAGUAUAUAUUCGAUUUUCUAGUGCCAAUAUGGGCGAGUUGGGUUUGACUGCUACGGAAGGGCCACGCAAGGGCCAUGCUCUCAAAUCAAGAUCCCUCCCUCUGGUACCAGACAUCUCUGGAUCUUUUCAGAGGAUAAA